GAAUUGUGUACACGCGCAGAGAACCGUUGGGGCCUCGCCUUAUCGCCGCCUAGGAAGUGAGUCGAACUUCGGACCCUGACCGUUUCCUACGUUGAAGUCCCGCUGGCGCCGCCGCACAGAACUCCCGCAAGCUGCCGGAAGCCGACGCUGCGGCACGACAGUCCCGUAAGGUGCUCUCCGCGAACGAAAUUCAUCCAAGUGCGCUGCUGCACAAUAAACGCGUCGGCCGCCCUCCAGUGGAGCAGACGGAUCGCCCUCUUUGUCCUGGCACGUCCUGAGCACCCAGACCUCUCACAAAGAUGACGCAGGCGGAGUUCCGCGCGUUCCGCGUCGGAAACAUGACGGCGGUGACGCUGUGCACCAUGUGCCUGGUGGGCGUCGGCCUGCUUCUGCUCAUCUCGGGCGCCGUGGUCACCGGCAUCGUCUACACCGAGGUGCGGCCUCCAACAGCCGACGAGAACUACGACAGGUACCGUGGCGCUGACCUUCGCCGAGUGCUCGGCCCUCUGAUGCUCUGCCUGGGUGGCUUCCUGCUCAUCGGCGGCUGCGUGUUCAUGGCUUUCGGCUACUACUCAAACUACCGCGACGAAGAGCGUGGCUACUCGCAGGCGCACGCGCGCGACUACGACAGCGGCCAGCAGCCCAGAGAUGUCAAAGUGAGCACGUACUGAGAGCGGCCCAGAUGCAUUACUUCGGAAGCUCAUCCAAGGAGGACUUGGAAGCCGGGACGAGGAUGAUGGAGAGAUGAGUUCAGCCCCGAACCUGCUCCGCGACCCCUUGUACAUACAUUUUGGCAGCUGCUGCGGCGCCUAUAUAUAUAUAUAUAAAGAUGAAAAUGUACACGUCACAGAAGCGCGCCUCUUCAUCAGUUACGUCACAUGUUUAACGCUACGCAGCAUUUGCCCGCGCACAACUAUAUACCAGCAUUUGUCCUUCUUUAACGAGCGGCACAAUUUCAUCGUCAGAGUAACUACAUCGUAAUCGCUAUGAAAAGAGAGGCAUUGUCAUUCAUAGAAUACAUGACCUGCAUUGUAGUCAUUAGCCACCCAGUGAAAUAAAACUAUUGUCAAGCCACAAA